CAGAAACACACGUCGUGUUCAGGCAGAAUCCAUGUGCCCACAUGGAUUAUUGAGAGAGGGCGGCACAGAGACGCUGGUACGAGCACUUGUACUCGAAGAAAGCCACCAUUUUUAUAUUUAUGAGCCUCACCAGCACCACCCCAAAAUGACACCAUACGUAGAACCAACUUCGAACCCAAAAUAAAAGCCUUAACUUUCGUCUCGACGUUUAGAAACGGUCUGGACGACUUAGUUUUGGGAUUUUUGAAUUGGGAAGAAGAGAAGAAGAGUCAUAGAUGAAGGAGAAGAGUGAGAGUGGGGGUGGUGGAGGGUAUGUGAGAGCGGAUCAGAUAGAUCUGAAGAGCUUGGACGAGCAGCUUCAGAGGCAUCUGAGCAGAGCAUGGACGAUGGAGAAGAGCAAGAAGAAGGAAGAAGACGAGUAUGGAGGAAAAUCCACUGGAGGAAGCAGGCAAGAGUGGGAGAUUGACCCUUCCAAGCUUAUCAUCAAGAGCGUGAUUGCUCGUGGCACUUUCGGCACAGUUCAUCGUGGCAUUUAUGAUGGCCAAGACGUUGCAGUUAAGCUUCUUGACUGGGGAGAAGAGGGCCAUCGUUCAGACGCUGAACUAGCAUCACUGCGAGCAGCUUUUACACAAGAAGUUGCUGUGUGGCAUAAACUUGACCAUCCUAAUGUAACCAAGUUUAUAGGAGCAACAAUGGACUCACCAGAGCUUCACAUACAAAUGGAAAAUGGUCAUGUAGGCAUGCCCAAUAAUGUUUGUUGCGUUAUUGUUGAAUAUUGUCCUGGUGGCGCCCUGAAGUCUUAUCUCAUAAAAAACCGGAGAAAGAAGCUGGCUUUUAAAGUGGUUGUCCAAUUGGCACUUGAUCUUGCGAGAGGGUUGAGCUAUCUUCACUCGGAAAAGAUUGUCCACAGAGACGUCAAAACAGAAAAUAUGCUUCUAGACAGGACUCGUACCUUGAAAAUAGCUGAUUUUGGAGUGGCUCGUAUCGAGGCUUCCAAUCCUCAUGACAUGACUGGUGAAACUGGAACACUUGGUUACAUGGCUCCUGAGGUUUUAAAUGGUAAUCCAUAUAAUAGAAGGUGUGAUGUGUACAGUUUUGGGAUAUGCUUAUGGGAGAUAUAUUGCUGUGACAUGCCAUAUCCAGAUCUUAGCUUCUCGGAAGUGACAUCAGCUGUUGUACGUCAGAAUCUGAGACCAGAAAUACCAAGAUGUUGCCCAAGCUCUCUGGCAAAUGUGAUGAAAAGAUGCUGGGAUGCUAAUCCAGAUAGGAGGCCAGAAAUGGACGAGGUGGUUUCCAUGUUGGAAGCUAUUGACACUUCAAAGGGUGGAGGUAUGAUCCCACUGGAUCAGCCUCAGGGUUGUUUUUGUUUCCUCAGGUAUCGGGGACCUUGAAGGAUUUUUCGUUGGCGGAGGGAUAUGUCAUUCUGUAUUUUAGAGGCUCAGUUUGUAUUUAUUCAUUUGAAAGAGCAGGGGGAGGAGGAAAUCAUGGUGGUGGAUGACGCGAAUUAUUGUAAAAGCCAUUAGAUAAUGAAGAGCUUUGUAAUAAUAACAGCAUAUUAUUGUUACUUUGUUGAGUUAUGAUUUAUGAAGCUAAUCAUUGCUCCUCC